CUCCGCCGCCCCUCCCCUCCGCCCCCGCGCACCGUCUGGGCAGCGGGGACUCCCGGGGCCACCUAACUUGGGGCGGGGGCUGGCACGCAGCCUAAGGGGACCUCGGCAGGCUGGCAGGCUGGUCUGAGCACCCUGAAGCUCAGUCUAGGCCACAGACACUAAAGGAUGUGCCCGCAGGGCUGGUUUUUAUCUGUAGGGGCCUGGGGACCCAGAUAAUUCGGGAGGUACUGCCCUCUGGGAAAGAACCAUGAAGAAAAUAGAAGGCAGGCGAGAUGAGGGGGAAGCCAGGGUUUCUUGACACCUGAGAGCUGGGGAUGGGUGUUGGGGGUCAGCCAGGGCAGGUGAGGGGUGAGCAGACCCUCAGCAGGAGACAGACCAAAGGCUGGGUCUGAAUAAAGGGGGUUGCCCAACACCAGAUUGAGUCCCCUUUCUUAGACACCUCUACCCCAUCCCCAUUUCUGGGGACACCCAGGAAUCAGACCAGAGCCCCACUGUCUGAGCAAGAGGCCAGCCCUCUGUGCACUCUGGCUGGGUCUUCACCUGGCCAGUCUUUCCAAAACAGAAUCCUGCAAAGGGGCCCUGGGCGCACUGGAGACCCACCCCCUGCUGCCCUUUUCUGCAGGACUGGAAGUAUUAGGUCACUUGUCUCCAGGGGACAGCUCCAGCUGCUGGUGGCCUAUAGCAUCCAGAUGUUCACUCAGUCUCAAAGCCAGCCUGACACACACCCCACCCUUCCCCGCCCACAUACAGUGUGUAUGGGAGUGGGGAAUGGGUGACCUGGGAUCUAAGAGGAAGAGUUCCUGCCUAUGACAGGUGCCCCCUCCAGCCCCCAGCUCCACUGCCCCAUGUCAUUCUGGACCUGCACUGCCAGCACUGGUAAUGGAUUCAGGUGGCCAUGUUUGGAUGCUCCUGGCCCAAGGCCACCCUACCCACCUCCCUCCAUCUGACCUCUGGCACAGGGAGGAUAAAUAUAACAUAUAGCAUUUCUACUUCUUAUAAAGGGCUUCCUAAUGGGGCCUGGAGGGCCUGGGCAUAUCUCAGGAGGGGAUGGCCAAGCUGCUGGAGAAGGGACAGAAAGUGCCUGGACCCUGGGAAUCUGGGUGAAUAUGGGUAGGGGGUGUUGAGACCUCCGUUCUCCAGUAAACCCCUUUCUAUAGUUCCAGGGCACCCUGGCUAGGAUCUCUGCCUGUUCACCUGCUGUCCCACCCAAUCCCCUGUGUAGUUAAGGGGAUGUGGCCAUUCCCCUCUGAGGACCCCUGUUCAGGAACCCACGGUGUCACACACUCCCAGCAACCUCAACCACAGGACAACUCUGACACAGGGAAAAGCCAACACAGCUCCCAUAGUGCUGGGAACCACGCGGACCAGCUCAUGAUCAUGAUCAGGGUCACACCAACCUGUGGUACCCACACAGGGCAUGUGCGGUGGGUGCCGUGGUUUGCAGGGAAAUACUCCUCAGGCUGUCAGAGACCCUUCUGACCCCACAUCAAUGACUGCUGCAGGUCCCGUCCGCCCUAGGGGACACACACUGGCAGCCUGAGACUAUGGCAGGCCCAGAACCCUUGUUCCCCUCAGGCCCCUCCCCUGAUGAGCCACUAUUUGCUGGUUCCGCUCCAGGUCCGAGUCCACCCCCUCAGGGCCCCCUCGUCCUGUCGAAGGUGCGCCUCGCCCCACCUCCCCAGGCUCAGGCCAGGCCAGACCUGGGAGGGCAUCCCUGGGUCCCAGUCGCCCCUGUCACCGCCCUGCGCUGCAGGCUCUCCAACACAGGCUGGGUGGCCAGCCUCUGCCCGAGGCCCCAAGGGUUAACCCAGGCGGGAGGGGCGGGGCCGCUCGGACGUCCACCGCUUAGGCAUGGCCGCUAGCCCAGCGCCCAGUGGCUGGCGCCCCCGCGCGCAGAGGCCGCACCUCCGCAAGAUGGAGCGGAUGGUCGUGAGGAUGCAGGACCCUGACCAGGGAGUGCGGACGCGGAGCCAGCGUCUGCUCAUCACUGUCAUCCCGCACGCGGUGACGGGCGGCGACAUCGUGGAGUGGCUGGUCCGGAAGUUGUGCAUCUCGGAGGAGGAGGCGCUACACCUGGGCAGCCUGCUGGCGCAGCACGGCUACAUAUACCCGCUGCGCGAGCCCCGCAGCCUGGCGCUCCGGCCGGACGAGACGCCCUACAGGUUCCAGACACCCUACUUCUGGACCAGCACUCUGUGGCCAGCUGCCGAGUUGGACUAUGCCAUCUACUUGACCAAGAAGAACAUACAAAGGCAGGGAGCCCUGGUCACCCAUGAGAAGGAGCACUAUGACCAGUUGCAUAAGAAGAUCAACCACACCUGGGACCUGGUAGUGAUGCAGGCUCGGGAACAGCUACGGGCUGCUAAGCAGCGCAGGAAAGGGGACAGGCUGGUCAUUGCAUGCCAGGAGCAGACAUACUGGCUGGUGAACAGACCCCCGCCUGGGGUCCCCAAUGUGCUGGAGCAGGGCCCAGAGAGGGGCUCCAACAAUGCCAAUCAGGUGCAGAUGUCACAGAGCUUGGAUUUCUACAAGCGAGAGAUAGAGUGGUCGAGGAAAGCGCUGGGCCGGACCCGGGUGAAGUCCUCCAUCUGCCUCGAGGCGUUCCUGACAUUCAGCCACCAGCGAGGCCCACAUGACCCUAUCCUGGCAGGAUGUCUGCCCAGCAACCCCUGGGUCACAGAUGACGAUGCCUACUGGGCCAUGAAUGCACCCACGGUAGCUGUGCCCACAAAGCUCCGUGUGGAGCGGUGGGGCUUCAGCUUCCGGGAGCUCCUGGAUGACCCCAUGGGGCGGGCCCACUUCAUGGACUUUCUACAGAAGGAGUUCAGUGCGGAAAACCUCAGCUUCUGGGAGGCAUGUGAGGAGCUGCGCUUUGGAGGGCAGGCCCAGAUCCCCACUCUGGUGGACACUGUGUACCAGCAGUUCCUGGCCCCAGGCGCUGCCCACUGGGUCAACAUCGACAGCAGGACGAUGGAGCGAACACUGGAGGGGCUGCAUCAGCCCCAUCGCUACGUCCUGGACGAUGCACAACUACACAUCUACAUGCUCAUGAAGAAGGACUCCUACCCGAGGUUCAUGAAGUCUGACAUGUACCAGGGCCUACUGGCAGAAGGUGUGAUUCCACUGGAAACAAAGAGACGGGUAUUCCCAUUCAUGCGGAAGCCUCGGCUCUCGAGCCCCAGCCCUGCUCUGCCGCCCACCUCUGGGGAGCCCUCAGCAGCUGGAAGCGCUGCAGGUGGUGACGAGGAGAGCUAGGAGGCUCACCUCCAGCCAGCGACACCUGUGAUGGUGGCCAUCCUCUCCUGCACCCCGUGGCACUCGACCUGAGUCCAGAGGGCCCAGCCUUGCCAGCCUUUCUCCAACUUCUCCUUUCCCUCUGACAUGACAUCUCCUGCCCAGAAGGGACUGGUCCUGGAGAGGGAUCUCACUGGCCACACUUGGCCAGGAAAGGACUUAUUCCCAGAGAAAGGGGAGGCCAAGGCCGAGGCCAUGUGGAGCCCCUGGCAUUCUGCAGCCUUCAGCUCAGCACUGGGUGCCCUUCCCCACCAGAGAACACUAAGACAGCUGGCACAACAGGACACCUGUCAUGAGAUGAGGACAAGCAGGCUUCUGGGCCCUCCACUCUGCCCAGGCACAGCUCCCCCGCCCUAUGACCCUAAUCCUGCUGAGACCAUUCCAGCCUCUUCCACCUACUCUUGUGUGCUGUCCAUGGCACCCGCCCCAGGUUCAACAGAUGACUCCAUGCUGUCACUCUGACCCGGAGCCUCCCAGUUCCCUCAGGGCAGGUCUUUGCCAGGAUGGCACAGCCAGUGUCCAUUCUUCCCAUCUAAACCUUCCUUUGGGCUACUGGUGUUAUUCCCUCUCUGGUGAGGGUACCCUGCUUUCCCGGACCUAGGCUAAAGGCAUGGGCUAGUUCCUUUUGAGGUGCCACCCACCCAUAGGCCUGGCCCACAUCCUUUCCCCAUCCACUCUGGUGCAGAAAUAAAAGGACCUCAGCCCUGCA